AUGGCUCCCACUUUCAAACUUCAGUGUCACUUCAUUCUGAUCUGCCUGAUGGCUCUAAGAGGGGAGAGCCGGUACCUGGAGCUGCGGGAAGCUGUGGACUACGACCCUUUCCUACUCUUCAGCGCCAACCUGAAGCGGGAGCUGCCGGGGGAGCAGCUGUACCGCCGCGCUAUGCGGUGCCUGGACAUGCUGAGCCUCCAGGGCCAGUUCACCUUCACCGCCGACCGGCCGCAGCUGCACUGCGCCGCCUUCUUCAUUGCAGAGCCCGAGGAGUUUAUCACCAUCCACUACGAACUGGUCUCCAUCGACUGUGAGAGCGGGGACUUCCUGAAGGUAUUUGAUGGUUGGAUUCUCAAGGGGGAGAAGUUCCCCAGUUCCCAGGAUCACCCUCUCCCCAUGACUGAGCGGUACAUAGAUUUCUGUGAGAGUGGUCUUAGCAGAAGGAGCAUCAGAUCCUCCCAGAACGUGGCCAUGAUCUUCUUCCGGGUCCAUGAACCAGGAAAUGGGUUCACAUUAACCAUAAAGACAGAUCCUAACCUCUUUCCCUGCAAUGUCAUCUCCCAGACCCCAAAUGGAAGGUUUACUCUGGUCGUGCCACAUAAGCAUCGCAACUGCAGCUUCUCCAUCAUUUAUCCUGUGGUGAUCAAAAUAUCUGAUCUCACCCUGGGACACUUAAAUGGUCUGCAAUUAAAGAAGUCCUCAGCAGGUUGUGUGGGAAUAGGAGAUUUUGUGGAGCUGCUGGGAGGAACUGGACUCGACCCUUCCAAGAUGAUGCCUUUAGCUGAUCUCUGCUAUCCUUUUCACGGCCCUGCCCAGAUGAAAAUUGGCUGUGACAACACGGUGUUGCGCAUGGUCUCCAGUGGAAAACAUGUAAAUCGUGUGACUUUUGAAUACCGCCAGCUGGAACCAUACGAACUGGAAAACCCGAAUGGAAACAGUAUCCAGGAAUUCUGUCUGUCUACUCUUUGAAUAACCAAGCCAAUGAUUUCCAUGCUGCUAGCUAAGGGAGUUUUUAAUGGCCAUUAUAUAUGAUUUUGAUGAGCAGCUAGUUAAGAACCUUUCAUACAAAUCAGUAUUCCCAACCUUGAGCACAUAUCACACACACUAAUUUUUGUACCUUGCUUCUUUUUCAUUUGUAAGAUAUAAAUGACCACGUGGCAGAAAAUAAGCCCUCCCCCCGACCCCAGUAGAAAACCAGUUUCCAGUAAUUCUUUGAUAUGCUACCAACCUGAACUGGUAAGACGAGUGCA